AGACAGGAGGACGCAGGGGUCUGUCGGAGGUGGCUGCCGGGCAAGCAGGGAAGGCACCUGUGGAAAGUGGAGGGCUGGUGGCCCCCUAGCAGUCAGGAAGGGGAGCCAGCUAGUGAGCCGAUCGCCCAGAGGCAUCUGGGACGUUGUGGGAGAGCCCGGAAGAUUACAGCCAUGCCUCACAGCUCCGACAGCAGUGACUCCAGCUUCAGCCGCUCUCCUCCCCCUGGCAAGCAGGACUCAUCCGAUGAUGUGAGAAAAGUUCAGAGGAGGGAGAAGAACCGCAUCGCUGCCCAGAAGAGUCGGCAGAGGCAGACACAGAAAGCUGACACCCUGCACUUGGAAAGUGAAGACCUGGAGAAACAGAACGCAGCUCUGCGCAAAGAGAUCAAACAACUCACGGAGGAGCUGAAGUACUUCUCGUCCGUGCUGAGCAGCCACGAGCCCCUGUGCUCUGUGCUGGCCAGUGGCACCCCAUCACCUCCCGAGGUGGUGUACAGCGCCCAUGCCUUCCACCAGCCUCACGUCAGUUCACCGCGAUUCCAGCCCUGAACGUCCAGACAGGAUGAGGACAGAGCCCCAGUUGACGCUACUCCGGCAGGCCUUGGGAGGGGCAUGUAAACCGAAGCCUGGUUACCCUCAUACCCCAUCUGGACACCCAGCGGCAGAGGCCUGGACAACUAUUGAACACAAGAACUGUAGUGGCCAGAGGGACUCUCAGCAGAGUAUAGCCAAUGCACUGGACCCCGCAUGAGUGGAGAUGCAGUACCAAGUGUCAUGAAUGAUGCCCAAGACCCA